AUGAUUCUGUGUCUUGCAUCCAUGGCUGCACUCUCGCAAGGAAGUAGUGUCGGAGUGAACUGGGGCACCAUGGCAUCGCACCAGCUGCCACCAGAUAAGGUGGUCAAUAUGCUGGUAGAGAACGGGAUUGGUAAGUUAAAACUUUUCGAAGCGGACGAGAGGAUCAUGGAGGCUCUUAUUGGGACUAGUAUUGAGGUGAUGGUGGCGAUACCGAAUUUAAUGUUGAAGCAGUUCAGUCAUGAUCCACGAGCUGCUAUUUCUUGGGUGGAUGCUAAUGUCACCAGUUACUGUUAUCCCGGAGGUGUUAAUAUCAAGUAUGUUGCUGUAGGAAAUGAACCUUUCCUCCAAGCCUAUAAUGGCAGUUUCAUCCACCUCACACUACCUGCUCUCAAAAACAUUCAGCAAGCCCUUAUUGAUGCAGGCCUUGGUUCCAAGGUCAAGGCCACAGUUCCCUUCAAUGCAGACAUCUACAACUCCCCAGCCUCAAACCCAGUCCCUUCUGCUGGAGAUUUCCGCCCAGAAAUCAGAGAACUCUCAAUCCAAAUAAUCCAAUACCUAUACUCUAAUGAUGCACCUUUUACCGUAAACAUCUAUCCAUUCCUUAGUCUUUACAGCAAUGAUAAUUUCCCCAUCAAUUUUGCCUUCUUCGAUGGCACAAGCAAGCCUGUUAGAGAUGGUGAUUUGCUCUACACCAAUGUGUUUGAUGCAAAUCUUGACACUCUUGUUUGGGCCCUAGACAAGGCUGGAUACCCUGACAUGAAGAUCGUAGUCGGAGAAGUUGGAUGGCCAACUGAUGGUGACAAACAUGCUAAUAUCCAAAAUGCACAAAGAUUCAACCAAGGAUUACUUAGACAUGUUCUAAGUGGAGUUGGCACCCCAGCAAGAAAAGGCACCAUUGAUGUCUAUAUCUUCAGUCUCAUUGAUGAGAUCGCAAAAAGUGUAGCACCAGGGAGCUUUGAAAGGCAUUGGGGGAUCUUUGAUUAUGACGGGAAGCCAAAAUAUGAAUUAGACUUGGCUGGUUUGCAGCAAGGGAAGUUUCUUGUUCCAGUGGAAGGGGUAAACUACAUGACGAGACGAUGGUGUGUAUUGAAUCCACAUGUAGACGACGAGCUUGAUGAGUUGCCAAAGAGUAUUGACUAUGCGUGCACCCUUUCAGAUUGUACAGCUCUGGGUUAUGGGUCAUCUUGUAAUCAUUUAAGUAUGCAAGGGAAUGCUUCCUACGCUUUCAACAUGUAUUAUCAAGUGAAUAACCAAAAGAGUUGGGAUUGUGAUUUCUCUGGUUUGGCUAUGAUCACAGAUGAUGAUCCUUCAGAUGAGAAGUGCUUGUUUCCGAUCAUGAUAGCUUUUGGUUCGUCAACUCUGCUGCUGAGAGGAUUCUUAAUUGUUCUACUGAGAGUAAUUGAGGGAUUGAUGGUUUUCUUGCUUAUAUUAUGA